AUGAGGAUGGUAUUCGAUGGAAAGGCUAGAAGGGAGACAACUCCGACAGAAACCAUUGCAUUCAGUAUUACAACAGCAAUCGUAUCAGAGAAACCUCAAGGCAAGGAGAGCAUAGGACCCAUCAGAAAAUAA